AUGUCCGCUAUUCAAAUCCGUCAGCUCGUCUAUCCUGACAGCGCCCAGCUUGAUGCAGUCGCUAAUGUAGCGACGAGUGCGAUGUACUCAGAUGAAUUCACGAUCGGUGUUGUUGGCGGGAAUAAAGACCUUAUAUUCCCGUUUGAACGUGCUACAAUGGCGGCGGCAGCCGUAGGCGGGCAGCUCUGGGUCGCAAGCUAUGGCGAUACCGAAAUCGCAGGCGUUGCGGCAUGGUACCCUCCGGGCCGAUCUCUGCUAGACAGCAAAGAGCAACAUGAAGCGGGGUUCGACGACCUGUUCCAUUCGUUCCCACCGGAACUGAGCAAGUGGUGGACUGAAUACUUCCUUCCGAGAUACGACGGCCUUUGCACGAAAGGUCUCGGCGAAGGCGUGAAAACUGCCUCAUGGCAUCUUCAAAUGCUGACAGUACUGCCAGAGCACCAGGGAAAGGGCGUUGGCGGUGCGCCGCUUCGCAGGGAGAAGGAGUGUGUCUCGAAGCUGAGGUUGAGAAGAAUUCCAUCUACCCUGCGGGCUUACCUCGCUAUCAAGGUCGCUAUAUACAAGAAAUGGGGAUUUGAGGUCAAGGCCGAAGACAAGAUUGACAGCUCCACUGGAACUGUUCCUAUCUGGGUCAUGUAUAAGGCGCCUUAA